UUUCCUCAUUUCCUUCGUCACUGUUAUUCGUAUACGUCUACAACUGAGCCGAAAAGUUUGUUUUGCUGUCGUUACAGUGUAUUGGAUGAUUGACUCUUAUUGGAUGUGCCUCGCUAUAGCGGAGUAACAGUUUGGAUUCUAUCGGCUAUGUGCAUUAUGUGUCAUCUCUCAUUUUAGCAAAAAAGCUGAAGAUUCAAUCAAUAAGUGUUGGUGUUUUGCUUACACCUUUUGUGAUAAGUGUUUCCUAAUUAUGUUUUGUUUCAAAGUCGUUAAAAUUUUUGAUAAUUGAAGAUUCCAUUACGUUUAGUUAGUAGAAAGUAUAAUUUAUCAAGGCGAUUGCUUCAUCUGUACCAGCUUGAACUGGAAAGGAUAUAGGAACUGUCGGGAAAAUGCUGGCCACCAAUAAUACCCGAAGCACCAACAAUGACCCGGUAGAAUCCUCGGAAUCGUUACCUAUCACGGGACCAACCGGAAAUGGCAGUUCAUCGCGAAUAAUUCGCCAGUUCGGCAGUUUAUUUCAAUCGACAACUUCUGGUGCCGCUAGUGAUCCUGCAGGAUAUGUUGAGUUUGGAAGCAUAAACGACACGGAAGCAAAUGCUGGUCGCACACUUGGUACUUUCGCAGGGGUUUUCUGUCCGGUUGCGCUGUCGAUGUUUAGUGCGUUGGUGUUUAUUCGAGUCGGUUUUAUCGUCGGUAAUGCUGGUCUGUAUGUUACGCUGCUACAAUUUGUGAUAGCCUAUGUAAUUUUAUUGUUCACUGUUUCCUCGGUGUGCGCUAUAUCAACCAAUGGAGCUGUCGAGGGUGGUGGCGUUUAUUUUAUGAUCAGCCGUACCUUAGGGCUUGAGUUUGGCGGAUCAAUUGGAACGCUCUUUUUCCUGGCAAAUGUAGUUGGCUGCGGAUUAGCUAUUUCAGGCUGUGCUGAAGGUAUCAUACAGAACUUUGGACCGUCCGAAGGACACGAUGUUGGCUCGAUACCGGAUGGUCGCUGGUGGCGCUUUUUAUACUGCACUAUGAUCAAUACGUUGAUGUUACUUGUCGUUCUUAUCGGAGCGGAAAUGUUCGCCAAGACAUCCAUGAUGAUUCUUGGAGUGGUAGUAGUUUGUCUACUGUCAACGUACGUGAGUUUCCUGGCAAAAGGACCAAUAGAGGUGGCGAUUCCGGUGGAAAAUGAUUUGGUACAGAAUGCUACGUUUAGAGUGUUUGGAGCCUACACUGGGCUGAAUAUGACAACAUUGAAAGAGAACUUAUAUAGUCACUAUGGACAAGAUUACACCUCCAAUGGAAAUACUGUCAAUUUUGCAGUUGUGUUCGGUGUGUUGUUUUCAGGAGUAACUGGAAUUAUGGCAGGUGCCAAUAUGUCUGGUGAACUAAAGAACCCUUCACGAAGCAUUCCAGCAGGAACAUUAUCAGCUGUUUUGUUCACAUUUCUAUGUUACAUUGGACUAUCGGUAUUGAUGGCACUAACGACAUCCCAAUUUCUACUGCAAAAUAAUUUCCUCUUCCUCGGUCCAGUCAACUUAUGGCCUACAUUCGUGACAAUUGGAAUCUUAACGGCCACUUUCUCUACUGGAUUAAGCAAUCUGAUUGGUUCGAGUAGAGUAUUGGAAGCUCUCGCAAAAGAUAAGGUUUUCGGAUCACUAUUGGACUUUGUCGUUCGUGGAACAUACAAGAGCAAUCCAAUAGCAGCUGUCAUCGGCAGUUGGGUUCUUGUGGAGGCAAUUCUUUUGAUAGGAUCCUUGAACACAAUUGCACAAAUCAAUUCCGUUUUGUUCAUGUUAGCUUACCUGGCUACAAACUUGGCCUGUUUGGGAAUCGAAAUAACCGGAGCUCCAAACUUUCGACCUACCUAUAAAUAUUUCACUUGGCACACGGCCUUCAUCGGAUUGGUUGGAACCGCAGUAAUGAUGUUCGUGAUAAAUCCCAUUUAUGCUUCCUCAAGCGUGAUUCUUUGUUUGUUGCUGGUUAUUGCCUUACAUUUGUUUUCUCCGGCGUCACAGGGUGCUCAAUGGGGAUCAAUUUCGCAAGCACUUAUGUUCCACCAGGUCCGAAAAUAUUUGCUAAUGCUGGACUCACGUAAAGACCACGUUAAAUUUUGGCGGCCACAAAUGCUAUUGCUUGUAUCUAGCCCACGAUCCUGCUGCCCGUUGAUUCACUUUGUGAAUGACAUGAAGAAAGGUGGACUAUACGUUAUUGGCCACGUGAAAGUAGGUGAAUUUUCGGAAAACGAUUCUUCCAAUGAUCCCACGAUUGAAGAGUACACACAAUGGCUAUCGCUAAUUGAUCACAUGAAAGUUAAAGCGUUCGUUGAGUUGACACUGUCGCGAAGUGUGAGGGAGGGUAUUCAACAUCUCAUCCGAAUCUCCGGCAUGGGUGCGAUGAAACCAAAUACGAUCAUAUUGGGAUUCUACGAUGAGGAAUUGUCGAAAGAUUUCUUUGAGCAUGAAAACUCUCCUUACAAAACAGGCGAGUUUGACGGAAAUGGUAUAAAGGUGUUCCCUUACCGCCACAAUGGCGAACAAAAACAGUUGCUGGCAACGGAUUAUGUUCAGAUAAUAGAUGACGUUCUGAGGAUGAAAAAGAACAUCUGCCUUUGUCGACACUUUCACAGGUUGGAUAAGCAGCUGAUCGCUAAGAGUAAUCAUAUCCGCUACAUCGAUGUUUGGCCAGUUAAUUUGUUCGAGCCGAAAAAUGAAGAUCCGUUCGAUGUGGUAUCGUUGUUUAUGAUGCAACUGGCUUGCAUAAUUAACAUGCUACCGGUGUGGAAAAAACUGGAGCUGAGAGUGUUCUUGUGUGAAUCAGAAACUCCGACGGAGUCGAGCAGCACUUUCCAAUUGAACAGUACAUCAAUAGAACGUCCAGCGGAGUAUAGAUUGGGACAAUUGCUGAAAUCUUUGAGAAUAUCAGCCUCGAUACAUCAGAUUUCGGAGUGGAAUAAAGAUAUGGAUUUUCCUCGCCAUCGCAACAUUUUAAAGCAGUUCACUAGCAGAAGUGAUAAUAAUCAAGCGAUGACGGAAGAAAAUAUUAAUCGCUCUAAACUAUACAUGCAAAGGAUCAACCAAACAAUAAGAGAUAAAUCGAAUGCAACGGCUGUUACCUUCAUGUAUCUUCCCGCACCACCUAAACUAUCCACGAUGGACUAUAAGGAAAAAUCUCACCACUAUCUGGAUCUAUUGACCGAACUAACGUAUGAUUUGCCACCGACGAUACUGGUUCACGGAAUAAAUGCUGUGACAUCUACUACAUUAUAAGAUAAACCACUAACUCAUGUAGAGAGUAUUAGCUAAGAAUUGCGUGCUGUGCAUGUGAAACCCGAUCAAAAAAGGAGAAAUGUCUAAUCGGCUAGCCAACUCUGUAGAUUCGUUUCAACAACUUCCAGUGCAUUCAUGCAAAAGAACACGUGUGCUAUUUAACCUUAAUUAUUUUACCAAAUAGCACUACUCCUCCUAAGCAAUAUUCACGCAAAGCAUUUUUACUAUUUAUUACACUUUGUUUGCUUCGAAUUUAACAACUGUUUUAAUAGUUUUAGAGGCAUUAUUGUUCAAUACGGUAAUUCCAACAAACACUAAAACCACCCCUGUUAAAGAACAUGAACAACAGAAAUUAGUUCGUAGCAUUAAAUUAAGCUAUUCCAACUUUACGAUUGUGAUGAACCGAUUAGAAAAUGCAAACUAUACCACUUAUUGGACGUACUAAGAAACGAACAAAAUACAUAUUUAAGAUGGCAUAGAUGGAACUGAUUAUAAAUGAAAUAUAUAGAUGUCUAUUCUAUUUA